ACUUCCUGGUUGUUGCUUGGCGCUGCAUGUUGUGGUUAAUAAACAAUUGAUUGAUUUAUCCCAAGGAAUGGUACAUCUCCUCCUGCGACGGGACUGGAUCGGCCGCAUUCGUCUAGCGCUCACUCUCUUCGGACUCCCGUACACCGUGUGCUCCCUCGGAGCCAGGCCUGCCAUCUCCUGCACAUCUUCUCACCCUUUCAGAACCACCAGACCCAGUUGCUGUAAACUUUUUGCCACCAGUGUCUGGACAAUGCCAUCAUCAGCAGCGCCUCAUGUUAAGUCCAGAUGCCCCCAGUAUCCAGGGUCCAAAAUCAAGCGUUUCGUUGUGCCUGAUGACAAGGUGGACUGGAGUCAGAGCUGGCCGCAGUAUAAUCCGGUCACCUACACCGACCCGUCAGUGUUAAAGAAGCCAGCAUGGGCGGAUCCUGAAAUUGGCUCUUUCUCUCCAAAGUUCAACACUGUGGAUGGUGCUGCGGACAGGACGAGCUUCGGCGGCAACUACAAAGUAGAAAAAGGAAAGCCACUAAAUCCUCAUGGACGCACAGGAGUGACUGGUAGGGGUUUGCUGGGACGAUGGGGACCCAAUCACGCAGCAGAUCCCAUUGUCACCAGAUGGAAAGUUGACGCCAAAGGAGCAAAGAUAACUCACUCGGUCUCCAAGCGGCCGAUCCUGCAGUUUGUGUCCAUCAAGAGGAAAGACUGUGGGGAGUGGGCCAUUCCUGGGGGGAUGGUGGAUCCAGGAGAGCAGGUCUCUCUCACGCUGCAGAGGGAGUUCUCAGAGGAAGCGCUGAAUUCGUUGGCGAUCUCACCAGCAGACAGAGAAAAAAUCAGUGAACGCAUCACCAAACUCUUCAAAUCACCAGGUUUCCAGGUCUAUAAAGGCUAUGUGGAUGAUCCUAGAAACACUGACAAUGCUUGGAUGGAGACGGUCGCUGUCAACUUCCAUGAUGACUCAGGCAACAGUGUUAGCGAGCUGCCGUUGCAAGCUGGCGAUGACGCAGGACAAGUCCAGUGGGUUGAUGUUGACUCGUCCUUCCCGCUCUUUGCGAAUCAUUCCCAUUUCCUGGAGCUGGUUGCCAAAGAGAGGAAAGCUCACUGGUAAACAGGGACGACAGUCUGUGACAGGACGAUGAAGGAAACAUUAGGAGCCCUGUCGCUCUCUGUGCACUAAGAGUGCUUGUGCAUUUAGGAUGCAUGACACCUAACCUCAUGUAAAUCUUCCCUUGCUAAUUUAAUCAUAAUAAUCGUAGCUAUUGAAGCCUUAUAUGCGCUCAUAUACAUGCCCACUAUACACUGAAGGUUGAAUGCUUGGCUGCAGUCAGAGGAGACGGAUCGGCACACGUUAGAGAUGCUGUUUGACAUUUGUCACAGAAAAUCGAAUAAAAGAGAGGACUUGUGCAUUUUCAUAGAAAAAAAAUCAAUUAAUUGCUUGGAAGAAGCUCAACUUGAGACUGUUAUGAUGCAAGAUGCUGCUGCGUGGCACACCACAUUAUUUCUGUUGGCACUAAUUAUGCUAAUUUAUUCAAUGUUAACAAGGAUCACAUUAACUCAGCGCGAUCAUGUAAGAAGAAACACAAUGAGCUGCUGAACAUUACACAUACUACAUUAAUUUAAGUGUGAUACGGAGGGGGCAAUCAAAAAAAAAAAGUGCAGCCUGACUUUGAUCUUUAGAUGUGAAAAGAAAAUGAAGAUGGUGUGUUGGAGCUGCUCACACAGCAGAGCAUAGACAGGCCCUGAAUCUGGAGGACAAACAUGUUUUCAAGUGUUAACAGACAGUGAAAGCAAAGGCCAUUUCACACUCGACAGCCUGCCUUUUCCAAAAUGUUCACAUCAGUACGUGUCAUCUCACUGCUGGGCGUUCUUUGAAUUACGCAUUAAGUGGCUCAUAUCUGUUAAGAUUCAUGACACAAAUGCUAACACAUGGACACUUCUGUCAUCAAAAGACAGCCAAGUCUUAAAGGAACAGUUUCCCCCAAACUGAAAAGAAAAAAAACGACCUCCUGUGCAGUGAUAUGGUUGGCAGGUGUAGUGUGGUAGAAAGAAAAUAGUUCCCUCUGGGGAAGGCUCUAACAACUAAUUUCCCCCCAAGACUAAGACUAGUGUACAAGUAAAAAGUAAGGAAACACUCAGAAAAAAAAACUACAAUUUAAGGUAUAAGGUUAAACAUUGUCAGAAAAAAAUACUGCAUAUAUUAUAAAAGCCAUAUGAAAUUGUUAUUCAUAUUUUUCAAAAACAAAUCCAAAUGUCUCUGAGAUGUGUAGCAUAUUGCACCAAGCAUUAGGAACAACUGAUAAAUUUGACAACAGCUUACUAAAUAAAAAAAUCACAGAUAAAGUUUAUUAAAAACAACACUUUCGGAAAACAUUUCUUUAGGAAAUUGACUUUGUAUAAUAACAGAAUUUUUAUUGGAUGAACAAAAUUGAAUGAAAUAGUAAGAAUUUUAAUAAUUAUAUACUGGAGAUAUAGUAAUAAUUUUUCUUUUUUUUUUUUUUCCAGAAUAUUCAAUCUUCAACUCAAUUUUUUUUCCUGAACAAAUAUACCUGUACAAUCUUAAGUGCAAAUAGCAUGUUCACAUUGAGAGGAUUGAUACAUAUUUAGUAAACAACAACAACUAACAAACAAAUAGACAAACAAAGAAAAACAAAUUAGUAAAAAAAAAAAAAAAAAAAGA